AUGGGUCAACGUGAAGCAAAACCAGAGAAGACAGAGGGGCAGAUUGAGGCUACGUUGUCCUUAUACCGGUCGAAGAAGGCUAAAGCCGGGAAGCAAUUGGAAGAUGCCCGGUCGAAGGCGGCUAAAGCCGAGAAGCAAUUGGAAGAGGAAGAGGCCGGUGACGAUCCUCCACUCCCGCCUCAGAUUGAUCCUCCGCUGCAGCCUCCGCAAUGGAUCAUAUGGAGAUUGGGCGGAAUCCCCCGGCUCCUGCUGCCGAUCCCCCGUCCCCUGCUGGGAAAAUACCAUUACAAGGAGCCUCUCUCAUCUUUAGCAGAGGAAUACAAGUCAGGAAACCCAAUUUUUCUGGAGAAAAUUAAGGUUCUGACUGAACAAUAUGCUGCCAUCAGGCGAACAAGGGGAGAUGGGAAUUGCUUCUUCCGUAGCUUUAUGUUUGCUUACCUGGAGCAUAUUCUGCAAUCACAAGACCGUGAAGAAAUCGACCGCAUCACGGUCAUUGUGGAGCAAUGCAGGAAGACACUUCUCAGCUUGGGCUCAGGCUACGCAGAAUUUACUUUCAAAGACACUUUUUCGCUGUUCCUUGAGCAACUUGAAAGUGUUCUUUCAGGAAAAGAAGCUUGCAUAAGCCAUGAGGAACUUGUACAGAGAAGUAGAGAUCAGUCAGUAUCUGACUAUGUUGUGAUGUCCUUCAGAUAUAUUACAUCUGGUGAAAUAAGGAAGCGUUCGGAGUUCUUUGAACCAUUUAUUCAAGGAUUAAGUAAUACCAGUAAUACCUCAGUGGAGCAGUUCUGCAAAUCAUCGGUGGAGCCAAUGGGUGAAGAGAGUGAUCAUGUCCACAUUACCGCAUUGUCAGAUGCACUUGGCGUGCCAAUCCGCAUAGUCUGUCUUGAUUGCAGUCAUGAUGAUAAAGGUAGCGUGAGCGUGAACCAUCAUGACUUCACUCCUGCUGCACACAAGGUCACUGAUGCUAAUAACGGUGGUGUCGUUGCUCUUGAACCGUUCUUUACCUUGCUGUACCGGCCCGGUCACUAUGACAUUCUGUACCCAAAAUAACUUGUUUUACCAGUGCCAAUAAGUUGGCUGGUAAUAAUGGAAUUUGGUGCGAUGAUGUUUUCUUGAUGAUGACUUUUUAGACAUUGAAGCGAAGUGGUGAUGAUGUUUUAGACUUUAAUGAAUCAGGAAAACAUUGGAAACUCAUACCCCUCUUUCAGCUUUUGUUGCUUACUACUAAUCAAGUGGCAAACAUUGUCAUA